AUGACCGGGCGUCGGUCGCGCCUGCGGCGCAUAAUCCAUAAGCGGCGCCCUGCGGCCGCUAAGAGGAAAGGCGUGUCCGACACGCCGGCGCGUCACUUCUGGCGUCACAUGUCGCGGCGCCGCCUCGCCGACGCCCGUGACGUCAUGGAAACCGCACCGCGGUACACGCGGCCCGCGCUACAUGCCGAACCGGCCGGCGCCGCCGCCGCCGCACGUCCCAGCCACCAGGCUCCGGGCGUAGCGGCGCCCGCCGCAGACCGCGUCAAAGGAGCGCCGUCUCUGGCAGUCGCCAACUUGGAGCGGGCUCUCUCUGGUCCACCAGUGUUUGCCGGCGAGCCGCCGGCGCCUCUGUUGCCCAAAACUCGGCACAAAGAAGGCCUGCGACGGCUAAUGCGGGCAGCAGCGGGCGAGGAUGUUGUGGCGUCCCCACAGCGGGAUCUGAGCUGCACACAAGGGCCUCGCGGGCCCUGUAAAAACACGGCACCCCCGAGGAGCGAGGAGACGGCAGCGUGGGCGGCGGGGGCGGCGAUUACCGCCGGCCACCUGCCAGCUGCGUCAACACGCAGCACACGUGUAUGUUCGUGCGACCCUUCCCCGGCGCCGACAAAUUUUAAAACAUAG